UGUCUUGAGAAAUGAUCAUCUUUAAUACUCUGCUGCUCAGUCUGUUAGUGUUUGCACCACAAUGUCAGCAGCCAUGGACUCAAUCAGUUGUUCAAUAUGUCUGGAUCUCCUGAAGGAUCCGGUUACUAUUCCCUGUGGACACAGCUACUGUAUGGGCUGUAUUAAAGAUUGCUGGAAUCAGGAUGAUCUGAAGGGUGUCUAUAGCUGCCCUCAGUGCAGACAGACCUUCACCCCAAGGCCUGUUCUGAAGAAAAGCACCAUGCUAGCAGAAUUGGUGGAGAAUCUGAAGAAGACAGGACUCCAAGCUGGUACCCCUGCUCACCAUUAUGCUGGACCUGGAGAUGUUGCAUGUGAUGUCUGCACUGGGAGAAAACUCAAAGCGGUCAAGUCCUGUCUGGUGUGUCUGGCCUCUUACUGUGAGACUCACCUCCAGCCUCACUAUGAAUCUCCUACCUUUAAGAAGCACAAGCUGGUCAAAGCCUCCACACAACUAGAGGAGAAGAUCUGCUCUCAUCAUGACAAACUGCUGGAGAUUUACUGCCAUACUGAUCAGCAGUUUAUCUGUUAUCUGUGUACAAUGGAUAAACAUAAAGACCAUGAUACAGUCUCAGCUGAAUCAGAAAGGACUGAGAGACAGAGUCAACUGGGAGAGAAACAGAAGGAAACCAAACAGAGAAUCCAGAAGAGGCAGAAAGAGAUACAGGAUGUGAGACAGGCUGUGAAGUCACUCAGGCGCUCUGCACAAGCAGCAGUGGGGGACAGUGAGAGGAUCUUUACUGAACUGAUCCACUCCAUUGAGAGAAGGCGCUCUGAGGUGAAAGAGCAGAUCAGAGCCCAGGAGAAGGUUGAAGUGAGUCGAGCAAAAGGACUGCUGAAGCAACUGGACCAGGAAAUGGCUGAGCUGAGGAGGAGAGAGGACGAGUUGGAGCAGCUCGCACACACAGAAGACAACAUUCAAUUCCUCCAGAGUUUCCAGUAUCUCUGUGUCCCUCCUCAAUCUGAACACUUACUCAGCAUCACUGUCAACCAACACGUCUUCUUUGAGGAUGUAAGGAAAUCAGUCACUGAGCUAAAAAGCCAAUUAGGAAAAAUCUGCUCUGGGGAAAUUGCCAAGAUCUCUGUAAAAGUGACAAAAGUCCACAUUGUUCCACCUUCUGAGCCCCGUUGUCUUCCGUCAUUUGGCACAACUCAGUCUGGACUGUCAGUUGGAGGACUAGCAUCACAUGGGAAUGACACCACCUGUCAGAAGACGAGGCCUGAACCCAAAACCAGAGAGGAGUUCUUGGAAUAUUACUGUCAGCUCACAUUGGAUCCCAACACGGCAUUUAACUGUCUGUGUCUGUCUGAGGGGAACCGAAAGGUGACACGGCGUUAUAAGGACCAGCUUUAUCCUGCCCAUUCAGACAGAUUCACCACCUACCCCCAGGUGUUGUGUGGAGAGGGUCUGUCUGGAGCCUGCUACUGGGAGGUGGAGUGGAGCGGGGACUGGGUUGAUAUAGCUGUCUCAUAUAAAGGGAUAAGCAGGAGUGGACCUGACGAGGGUUUGUUUAGAAGCAGUAAACAGGCCUGGUGUUUGGAGUGUGAUGCUUCUGGUUGCUCUUUCUAUCACAAUGAUAAACCGAUUGUCAUACCUGUCUCCUGUUCCACCAGAGUAGGAGUGUACCUGGACCACAGGGCAGGAACUCUGUCUUUCUACAGCGUCUCUGACACAAUGACCCUCCUCUGCAGAGUCCAAACCACUUUCACUCAGCCCCUCUAUCCUGGGUUCACUGUCUCUAGAACUGUGAAUAUACUGAAACCAAACAAGAUUAUUAUAGCAAACUAAAACUGAAACUAAAACAAAAACUAAUCUUGAAAUAAUCUUGAAAUAAAAAAAUAAAAUAACUAACUAAAUUGUAAAAAUAAAUAAAUAAACAUAACCUAACUAGGCAAGUCAGUUAAGAACAAAUUCUCAUUUACAUUGACGGCCUACUUGGGAACAGUGGGUUAACUGCCUUGUUCAUGGGCAGAACGACCGAUUUUUACCUUGCCAGCUUGGGGAUUCGAGCUGACAAACCCGUUUUAAAAACUAAAACUAUACUGAAACUAUUAUCUUUGACUCCAAAAUAAAAUAUAACCAUCAUGAACUAUGUUCAGUUUGAGUUUUGUUUCUCAAAACUUUCGGCAAAUAUCUAAUAGGGUUUUCAAUGGGGUUCUCAAGCUUUUAAGGUGUUUUCAAGCUACUAAAUCAGGAGAAGCCGAUGUUUAAAAUAGACCUAGCUUGUGCAUCACUAUCACUAGGGACAGAUUUGAUUUGGAGGCCACAGGCAGAUGCCAGUCUGAGCCCACCCUCCCCCUUGAACGAAGCAGAUUAAAAAGGCUAAUUGAAAACCUUUGAAAUACCCUUCAUUAGUAAAGGUCUUUGCAUCACCACCUAGAGGGGUGGGCAGUCAUUUUGGCUCGAGGGGCACAUCUGGAUUCUAAAAUUCAACAGACUUUUUUGGGACCAGUUUGUGUGUCAAAAGCAAUUUGCGGCCCAGAAACAGGGCAGUUGUUUGAAAAUAAGUAUCAUUAUAGUUUCUACAUACAGUGGUUCCUCCCUUAAAAGUUACGUCAUACUGAAGCACACCUUGUGUGCUGCCGCAGCAUUCUAUGGCACGUCAUUUAAUUCUCAGCCAUUUCUUCUGUUACUGCAAGUUAUUGCUAGUUUAACCACCAGAGGGCAUCUUUGAGAAGCAUUUGAUAGUACUCCCAUAUUGGCAUUACCAGAGAAUGUAAAACCUUUUUUGUAAUAACAUAGUAUAUGGGAAAUUUGGCUUAAUUAAUUUGAUUAAUAUUAUGGUGUUUCUAUUCAGUGAAAAAAUAUGCACAGUUUGUCUCUACAUUAGCUAACAUAUUCCUCUCAAUUGUACAUUUUUGGCUUGACUCGUUAUGACGUUAUAACUACUUACAUUUGCCUCCCCGUAAUAUUGUCAGCCAUCUUUUCUGAAGAAAGUCACCAGGGAGGGGUGGCUCAUGUCAAAUUCAUCAUUGGAACCACUCGAUAUGAUUGGUCAUAUAAAAACCUAUAGAGACAUUAAAAAGGAGCUAAGGUCAGGACAUGACAGUACCCCCCCCCCCGAAGGUGCGGACUCUGGCCGCAAAUCCUAAACCCAUAGGGGGGGGUCUGGGUGGGCAUCUAUCCGCGGUGGCGGCUGUGGCGCGGGACGUGGACCCCACUCCACCAUAGUCUUGGUCCACUUAAGUGGAGCCUUUGGAGCGGCGACCCUCGCCAUCGACCUCGGACUGGGGACCCUUGCAGCCGGCCCCGAAUAGACGGGAGACUCCGGCAGCGCCAGACAGGCGACAUCAUUGCUGUAAGACAUGAAGGUCAGUCAAUGUGGAAAAUCUCAAAAACGUUGAAAGUUUCUUCAAGUGCAGUCGCAAAAACCAUCAAGCUCUAUGAUGAAACUGGCUCAGAUGAGGACCGCCACAGAAAAGGAAGACCAAGAGUUAGGAUAAGUUAAUUAGAGUUACCAGCCUCAGAAAUUGCAGCCCAAAUAAAUGCUUCACAGAGUACAAGCAACAGACACAUCUCUACAUCAACUGUUCAGAGGAGACUGCGUGAAUCAGGCCUUCAAUAGUUUAAUUUCUGCAAAGGAAUAACUACUAAAGGACCAGAAGAGACUUUCUUGGGCCAAGAAACACGAAAAAUGGACAUUCGACUAGUGGAAAUCUGUCCUUUGUCUGAUGAGCACAGUGUCUUUGUGAGAUGCAGAGUAGGUGAACGGAUGAUCUCCGCAUGUGUGGUUCCCACCAUGAAGCAUGGAGGAGAAGGUGUGAUGGUGUGGGGGUGCUUUGCUGGUGAAACUGUCUGUGAUUUAUUUAGAAUUCAAGGUACAAUUAACCAGCAUGGCUACCACAGCAUUCUGCAGCCAUACACCAUCCCAUUUGGUUUGCGCUUAGUGGGACCUUCACACACCCAACACACCUUCAGGCUGUGUAAAGGCUAUUUGACCAAGAAGGAGAUUGAUAGAGUGCUGCUUCAGUUGAUCUGGCCACACAAUCACUCAACCUCAACCCAAUUGAGAUGGUUUGGGAUGAGUUGGACCACAGAGUGUAGGAAAAGCAGCCAAGCAGCCAAGUUCAGCAUAUGUGGGAACUCCUUCCAGACAUUCCAGGUGAAGCUGGUUGAGAGCAUACCAAGAGUGUGAAAAGCUGACAUCAAGUCAAAGUGUGGUGUUACGGCUCUCGUUUGUGGAAUGACCGGACCAAGGUUCAGCGUGGUAGGCGUACAUCAUUUUUUAUUUGAUGACACAAAGCAAAAUAACGACUAAAAACGAAAGCGCACAGUUCUGUAAGGCAAAGAAACAAUACAGAAAACAAGAUCCCACAAAACCCAAACGGAAAAUUACAACCUAUAUAUGAUCCCCAAUCAGAGACAAUGAUAGACAGCUGCCUCUGAUUGCGAACCACACUCGGCCAAAACAAAGAAAUAGAAAACAUAGAAUGCCCACCCAAAUCACACCUUGACCUAACCAAAUAGAGAAAUAAAAAGGCUCUCUAAGGUCAGGGCGUGACAGGUGGCUACUUUGAAGAACAUACAAUAUAUUUGGGUUUGUUUAACAAUUUUUGGGUAACUACAUUGUUCCAUAUGUGCUAUUUCCUAGUUGUGAUGUCUUCACUAUUCUUCUACAAUCUAGAAAAUAGUACAAAUCAAGAAAAACCCUUGAAUGAGUAGGUGUGUCCAAACUUUUGACUGGUACUGUAUGUGGUAGUGGAGUAGGGGCCUGAGGAACACACUUAGUGUGUUGUGAAAUCUGUUACGAAUGUACUGUAAUGUUUUUAAAUUGUAUUUUGCCGAACCCCAGGAAGAGUAGAUGAAUGGUGAUCCAUAAUAAAUACAAAUACAAAUCAUA